CCCGGUAUCCCCGGCAGGGGGAUUCCAGCGCUCCUUCGGCUUCUUUGUUGUUUUCAUAUUUUUGUUUUCUGUGUGUGUUGUCGUCGUCGGUGUCGGUCGCACAAAAUUUUCCGUGGAAGCUAGGGUUUACCAAUAUGCCGAACAUCAAGCUGCAAAGCUCCGACGGGGAGGUCUUCGACGUCGACGUCGAAAUCGCCAAGGCGUCCGUCACCAUCAAGACGAUGCUUGAAGACUUGGGCAUGGAUGACGACGAGGACGAGGUGGUGCCCCUGCCCAACGUAAACUCUGCCAUCCUGAAGAAGGUGAUCCACUGGGCCACUUACCACAAGGAUGACCCGCCCCCGCCAGAGGACGACGAGAACAAGGAGAAGCGGACGGAUGACAUCUCCUCCUGGGACGCUGACUUCCUCAAGGUGGACCAGGGUACCCUGUUCGAGCUCAUCCUGGCGGCCAACUACCUGGACAUCAAGGGCCUCCUGGACGUGACGUGCAAGACUGUGGCCAACAUGAUCAAGGGAAAGACUCCCGAGGAGAUCAGGAAACAGUUCAACAUCAAGAACGACUUCACCCCCAGCGAGGAGGAGCAGGUUCGCAAAGAGAAUGAGUGGUGCGAGGAGAAGUGAAGCUUUCCCGUAUUGUCUGGCUCUCCCACAACUUUUUUUUUCUUUGGACAUGGAGCGCGCACGAAACGCGGGGGGAAAAAAAAAGCAAUCUUCAACUCUCUGUUUGGCUUCCCAAAGUUCUUUUUUUUUACUUUACUUUGCCCAUGGAAGGCAGAUGCGAACGCGGUUUGUGUUUAGGACCUGCAUUUUGUGUUUCUUUGCAGCUUGUGCACCUCAGGUUAUGAAACACACGAAAGCCUGGAUGUAUUCAAACUUCCCUAACCCAAUGUACUCAAAGAAAAAUUUUUUUUUUUACUUGUGAAUAUUAGUAAAAAAUUUAUACUAAGCAUGCUGGAUUAGUUGUGGUCACUUGCAGGUGUCAAAUUUGAGGUUAGUGAAAACUGUGGGAGUAUUGCCAGUUGUACAUUUUUAGAUUGUUUUAGGCACGUCGAGUGACGGGUUGGGACUGGGGCAAACACUAUAUAUAGCACUCUGCUCUCUGGCAGUGUGAUCUCUUAAAAACUACCUAUUUCAAAGCUUGUUCCUUUCUUGUUUUGUUUUCUGUAGCAUGCGAGAUUUCCUUUGGUUCGUUGUAUUGUCUAGCUCAUUCUACAGAGUAAGUAGUAUUCAAGAUUGUGUUGACAGUUCAGUACAUUUGUAAGAAAUAAAAUGUUUUGAGUUCCUCCCA